UCCCGCCGGCUUUGCCUGGACUUCGCCUUGUCAUGUCAAGAUGGAAGGGAGGAGCGACUGGCUCGCCUCCUCUUCCCGCCAUGAAGGCUUCGAGCAGAUGAGGCUGAAGAGCCGACCCCGGGAGCCCUCGCCCAGCCUGCCCCGAGUGGGCUCCAACUUCUACAGCGCUGUCAAGCAGCAGGACUACAGUGCUGGCGUCUGGCUGAGGCGGAAAGACAAAUUGGAGCAUUCCCAGCAAAAAUGCAUUGUGAUCUUUGCCCUGGUAUGCUGCUUUGCAAUUCUGGUAGCACUGAUAUUUUCAGCUGUGGAUAUUGUAGGAGAAGAUGAGGAUGGACUUUCAGAAAAAAGCUGUCAAAAGAACUGUCGGGUUGCACUUGUGGAAAAUAUUCCCGAAGGCAUAAACUAUUCAGACAGUGCACCAUCCCAUUUGUCUCUUUUCCAAGGCUGGAUGAAUUUACUUAAUAUGGCUAAAAAGUCUGUUGAUAUAGUUUCUUCCCAAUGGGACCUCAGUCCCAGUCAUCCAUCUGCAUACCAGGGACAACAUCUUUUUGAGAAAUUGCAAGAUCUCUUAUCUGAAAAUAUUGAGGUCAAACUGGUGAGCGAUAUUCUUCCAGUGAAAUCAAAGGUAUUGCACAACUUGAAAAAAAAGGGUGCAGAAGUGAUGUAUAUAAACAUGACUGCUUAUAACAAAGGCCAUCUUCAGUCAUCAUUCUGGAUUGUGGAUAAACAGCAUGUAUACAUUGGAAGUGCUAGUUUAGACUGGCAGUCGCUGAGACAGAUGAAAGAACUUGGUGUUGUUGUCUACAACUGCAGCUGCUUGGUGGCAGAUUUACAAAGAAUAUUUGCCUUGUACAGCUCAUUAAAGAACAAGAGUAAAGUGCCAUCUUCUUGGUCUAAGAGACUAUAUGCAGUAUAUGACACACAAAAGAAACUGACUCUUAACUUGAAUGAAACUCAGUCAAAAGCCUUUAUUUCGAUUUCGCCCAAGCUUCUGUGCCCUAAGGACAGAGUCUUGGAUAUUGAUGCUAUCUACAGUGUUAUUGAUGAUGCCCAGCAAUUUGUGUAUGUAGCUACUAUGGAGUACCUGCCGAUUGUCAGAGACCAUAAUGAAACAAGGUACUGGCCAUAUUUGGAUGGGAAAAUAAGAGAAGCCCUAAUCUUACGCAAAAUUAGAGUACGACUCCUCAUAAGUUAUUCAAAAGAAACAGAUCCACUCACAUUAAACUUCAUUUCCUCUCUUAGAGCAAUCUGUCCUGAACUUUCUGGCUGUAAUUUGAAAGUUAAAUUCUUUGAUCUUCAAGAAGAAAGUGCUUGCUUUUUCAAGGAACAGAAAAAUACUUCCCUUCUUAAAAUCAACCGCAAUAAAUAUGUAGUGACUGACAGAGCUGCUUAUAUUGGUAAUUUUGACUGGGUUGGGACCUAUUUUAAUCAGAAUGCUGGAGUUGGUCUUGUUAUCAACCAGGAGACAGACAACGGGAACAAAACCAACAUCAUCAAGCAACUUAGAGCUGUGUUUGAAAGGGACUGGUAUUCACAUUAUGCUAAAAGUUUACCACCAACAAAACAUCAAAACUGUUUAAGCUACAAGCAUAACAAAGCAGCAGCCAAUAAGACUGCAAUGAAUUAUGAAAACUGAAGACUGUUUUACUGCUCAAAUGGAGAAACAAAAUGGGACUGAUACCCAUCUCUCCUUUCAUAUUUAUGAAUCAUAGACUUUUUUAAAAACAAAAACAUUUAUAGGAAAAGCACACUUAUAUAAAAUGUUCUUUCAACUAUAUUCUCUAUAUUACAUUAUUUACAAAUGUUAGAUUUGUUACUGCAGACACUGAAUGUCAUUUCUGCUUUACUGCUGGUUUGAAAGUUUCAAGUUUAAAUUUAAAAGCAUGAUCUGAUCCAUCAAUUUUAGAAUUAUUCCUACCUCUCUUUGCUGAUUUACAUAAGCCUUGAGUCAGUCUGAUAACGCAACAAAAUUUUUAGAUUGGCUGAUACCUAGUAAAGGCAGAUUUUAACCCAAAAGAAAAAACACAGGUAUAAGCAAUCCUUUUUUCAUACAAAUUAUAUAUCCCCGGUGCAUUAUCAUCUGAACC